UUACAAAUUAAAUAGAGCAACAGCAUUUUUUCGAAGAGCAAGUGAGAUAUUUAUUUUAAAUCUAAAGUAUUAACCUUUUAUUUUUAUUUUAUAAGGAUUUAAGUUAAUUUAUUUAAGUCAUGAACAUGGAAGUCGACGUCACUGGGGAAAUCAAGCGACACAACAGCUUUACGAGUCCCAAUAUAAAGAGACCGCCUGUGGCUAAGAGACUGGGAAGAGAGCGUUGUCACAGCUACACUCACACUCCUGACAAAAAGCCAACAUUACAGUCUCGGCAGUCAGAUUCUCGUUUGGGGGUUCCAAAAAUGUCGUUUAGAGUGGUUCGUAGUUCUAAAUUCCGUCACGUUUACGGGCAGGCCCUGAAACGCGAACAGUGUUAUGAUAAUAUUCGAGUGUCGAAAAGUUCAUGGGACUCUACGUUUUGUGCCGUGAACCCCAAAUUUUUGGCAAUAAUCGUCGAGUCCGCCGGAGGAGGCGCCUUUAUAGUCCUGCCACACAAUAAGGUGGGCCGGAUCCCAGCAGACCACCCACUAGUGGGCGGGCACAAAGGCCCAGUGUUGGACAUCGCGUGGUGUCCGCACAAUGACAACGUCAUCGCCAGCGGUUCGGAAGACUGCGUCGUCAAGGUGUGGCAGAUCCCCGAUGGCGGACUAUCGAGGACUCUCACGGACCCCGUGGUUGACCUGGUGUACCAUCAGCGCCGCGUGGGGCUCGUGCUAUGGCACCCCACCGCUCAGAACGUGCUGCUCACAGCGGGCUCGGAUAACCAGAUAGCGAUCUGGAACGUGGGAACCGGCGAGGUGCUGCUGUCGCUGGACUGCCACCCCGACCUCAUCUACUCGGCCUGCUGGAACUGGUCCGGCUCCAAGCUGCUCACCACCUGCCGCGACAAGAAGAUCAGGUACACUAGACGGAGCGCUCGUGACGGAGAUCGACACAAGCAACGGAGUGAUGUUCCCGCUCUACGACCCCGAUACCAACCUCAUCUACCUCUGCGGCAAGGGCGACUCCGUCAUCCGCUACUUCGAGGUGAGCGCCUGGUGUCUAGCGGAGCGCUCGUGACGGAGAUCGACACAAGCAACGGAGUGAUGUUCCCGCUCUACGACCCCGAUACCAACCUCAUCUACCUCUGCGGCAAGGGCGACUCCGUCAUCCGCUACUUCGAGGUUACACCCGAGCCCCCAUUCGUCCACUACAUCAACACCUUCCAAACGCCAGACCCACAGCGAGGUAUCGGCAUGAUGCCGAAGAGAGGGUGCGACGUGGCCACGUGUGAAAUCGCCAAGUUCUAUAGGCUAAACAAUUCUGGACUCUGUCAGGUGGUGUCAAUGACGGUGCCUCGCAAGUCGGAGCUCUUCCAAGAAGACUUGUACCCUGACACGCUGAGUGAUGAAGCCAGUCUUACAGCCGACGAGUGGCUCGCGGGGGAGGACGCCGAGCCCGCCACCAUGUCGCUGAAGGAGCGCGCUCUUGUCGUGCAGGGCGGCUACGUGUCGGGCCGCGCCGCAACGCAACUGCACGUCACCAAGAAGAAUGCGCUGGCUGCUGGCAAGGAGAGGUCACCCACGCCGGCUUCUAAGCAGGACCAGGCUGCUACGCCGCCGCCUGCCACACCAGUUACGCAGCAGAUUGAGAAGCAGCUGUCCGACCUGGUGGACGAGAUCCGCAAGCUGAAGUCAGUCAUCGUGAAGCAAGAGAACCGCAUCCGCGCGCUCGAGGCCGCCGCCAAGGCCCCGCCCUCGCCGCAGCCAUCGCCGCAGCCCACGCCCACGCCUGCGCCCACGCCAGACAACCACCACGACGACGCCAUGGCGCCCGACGAGGUCUGAGCAGGCGUAGGCGACCAACACCAUGCUUCUCGUCAACAGGAUCAUGCUCAGGUGAAUGUUACACAGCCAGGUAUAGGGAACGAUCUCCGAAAAAUUGUUCAGUGAAGAUUCAAUAGAAACAUAAAAAUUACACCCGGAAUUAUACUAAGUCGACGAUAAUGAAGCAUACUCUGCACAUUGUAACUUGAUUAGAAUAACGUAACAUCAGAGAAAUGUCAGUUUUGAAUUUGAUACAGUAUACGGGACUGCAUGACAAUUUACUAAAUAUUUAAUUGGUAAAAAACUGACAUAUUUAAAAAUUAUCCGUUUUCGAUGUUACAUUCUAAACACAGUUAGAUUCACCAGAGUAUCUUAGCAUGUAUUUUUAUAAGAGUACCUCUAGCUUCUCGUACGAAUAUUUUCGCCCUUGUCAUAAAGGUUUGACAGCUGCCAUUGGUGAACAUGAAAUAUGACAGAAUAUACCGUUAAAUGCCCAGAAAUUGGUAAUGUACUUGACAGCACUAUUAUAGUCAAUGACUGUCAAAAUUAUCGCCAAGCUAUGACGUCACUUUUUCGUCAUUGACCAUUUAUUGAUUUCAAAUCCACUUGAAACUUAUUUUAUUGAUAAUUUUAAAAUAUUUGGGUUUUUNGGUUUUUAGGCCUAGAAUUAUGUGUUUAUAGAACUUUUACCAUGGAAUUAUUGGGUCAACUAACCGAUUUACGUCAAAAUAAAUUUGAAACACUUAUUCUGAUUGAAAUAAAGGGCAAAGUCGUACGACAAGCUAGAGGUAAAGCCGGUGAAACACAGUUAUCUAAAUGGUCUCAAACUAAUGUUAAACGCCCUAGGAAUUGAAUUAAAAUGUUUGUACAGAAGUUUUUGUCUUUGUGCAUGAGAUCGGUCGAAUUACGAGAUAAAUUCUCGAUGCCUUUGUUUUUUCCUUAGAAACUUUUUUUGAAAUAUAAAAUACAAUGAUCAGUCAAACAUGCUAUUUCAUUAGUUAUUUAAAUAAAUAACUAUUUGAUAUUGUUAGCGACCUAUUUUACAAGGUUGAU